AUGGUUCCUAUUAAUCCCAUUAUCCCACCGCGAUCUCUACAUCUUCCUCGAGCCAUCGACAAUGACUCACUUAUACUCCAAGGUGUCCUUGGUAUUGGAGCAUAUGGCUCUGUCCAUAGAGCGAUCGAUAUACGCUCUGGUCUGAUGCGCGCGGUCAAAUGUCUUAGUAAGAGAAAUCCCGAGAUGCACCUCACCUUGGGAUAUCAAGAAGUAGAACUCCAUGCAAAGGUUUCUGGCCAUCCUAACAUUGCAACACUCUAUGGUGUCAUUCAAGAUGAGGACCUUUUGUACAUGGUCCUUGACUGUGGAAACGAGGGUGAUCUUUUUAAUGCCAUCACUGAACGUGGAGGCUUCUUUGGUGAGGAUGCUCGUAUCAAGUCAAUAUUCUGUCAGAUCGCACAAGCGGUCGUAUAUUGUCAUUCAAAAGGCGUAUUUCAUCGAGAUCUCAAGCCAGAAAACAUUGUAAUGUUCGGCAACUCUGUAAAACUGGUAGAUUUCGGUCUGGCCACAUCCGAACGAAUUUCCAGUGAUUUUGGCUGUGGCUCUACCUUUUACUUGUCCCCUGAGUGCCAAGGAGGGUUUAACAAAGCCGUCGAGUUUUAUGAUAGCGCGGCGAACGAUGUCUGGUCCCUUGGUGUGAUCUUGAUCAACCUUGUGUUCGGUCGUAAUCCAUGGAAGCAAGCAUGUGCCAAGGACGAAACGUUUAUGUCCUUCGUGCUGAAUCCCGAUAUUUUACAAACCAUCUUACCCAUGACGGAUGAGAUGAACGAGAUCAUCAAGGCCGUCUUUCAUCUCGAUCCAGCAAAGCGUAUCAAGUUACCUGAACUCAUCGCUCGUGUACAGGCCUGCAAGUCAUUUAGUACAAUGACAAGUACGGGUAUGAGCACGGGUACGGGUACGGGCGCCACCGUCGUUACCGGUCAUGGUACGGUUCCGGCAGUAGCAUGUGCCAAUGCUAGCGUUUUAGCAACACCAACGACACCACCGAUCGGAUCUUGUGGUGAUGUAGAGCAAAGCCAAGAUUCGGGUAUAGGCCUCCAUACAUAGGCAUGCAGGCGGAGCAUAGUAAAAACCGAUCUGAGCAUAAGGAGCAAAGAGAAAGAUGAAAAGAAAGGAGAAGAAAUGAAGAAAAAUGAAAAGAAAGAAGGAGGAGAAUGCGAGAGCACGAAAGGUGUGUGUUGUUGUGUGUGGG